AGUUCCGAAGGCUACAGAGGCUACACGUGAGCCAUGGAUACGCCGCUGAGGCGCAGCCGGCGGCUGGAAGGCCUAAAACCUCUGUCUCCAGAAAACCUUCCUGUCCCCGAAGUCUCUCGGGCGAAACGGGCUCUUGUAGAUUUCAAGUCGAACUCAGAAGAAACAGGAGAGCUCAAGUCUACGAGAGUUCCACCACUGAGCCUUCCGUCUCCCGGACCUCAGCCGGAGACGAGCCCCGGAUCGCCCUGUCCACCACUGAGCCUUCCGUCUCCCGGACCUCAGCCGGAGACGAGCCCCGGAUCGCCCUGUCCACCACUGAGCCUUCCGUCUCCCGGACCUCAGCCGGAGACGAGCCCCGGAUCGCCCUGUCCACCACUGAGCCUUCCGUCUCCCGGACCUCAGCCAGAGACGAGCCCCGGAUCGCCCUGUCCACCACUGAGCCUUCCGUCUCCCGGACCUCAGCCAGAGGCGAGCCCCGGAUCACCCGGUCCUAGACAGGAUGCAGACGAUGGGUCCCCACAAAGGCAGCCAGAGCCUCACCCCGGGUCCCUUCAACCUCAUCAAGAUCUGGGCCUGGAGUCACCUGCAGGACAGACAGAGUCGAGCCCGGAAUCCCCGCAACGAGAGCAGCCAUCCAAAUUACCUCCCCCACAGGGAGAACUGGACUCUGAGGCGGCCCACGCUAAAGAGGAGGUGAUCCCAGGAUCCCCCGAGCCUUGCCCGGGCCAGCAAGCACCGGGUCCCGAGCCCUCUCAGCCAGCACAGGAGCUGACGGUCCAGGCACCUAGCUCCCCAGAGCGCCAGUUGGAGCCAGGCAAGCUGCCUCCGGCGGGAGAGACAGUAACAGAAAGUCUCAACCUAAAGAAGCGAGUUAUAGCCUCUCCCCAGGCCCCAGCGUCCAAGAAAUUGAAAGAGAAGGAGGAGCUUCCUGUAAUUCCGAAAGGGAAGCCCAAAUCCGGGCGUGUGUGGAAAGACCGCUCCAAGAAGAGGUUCUCCCAGAUGGUUCAGGACAAGCCCCUGCGUACCUCCUGGCAGCGGAAGAUGAAGGAGCGACAGGAGAGAAAGCUGGCUAAGGACUUCGCCCGACACCUGGAGGAGGAGAAACAGAGGCGCCGGCAGGAGAAGAAAGAGCGCCGGGCUGAAAACCUGAGACGCCGUCUAGAAAAUGAGCGCAAGGCUGAGAUUGUCCAAGUGAUCCGCAAUCCUGCCAAGCUCAAGAAAGCAAAGAAGAAGCAGUUGCGUUCUAUUGAAAAACGAGACACCCUGGCCUUGCUCCAGAAACAGCCACCCCAGAGGCCUGUAGCCAAGGUCUGAGUUCAGGACAGUCCAUAGGCCUCAGCAAACAAGGCACUUCUCAGGCCACUGACUGACACCUCUCCUGGAGCCAGCACACCAACGCUGUCACAUUAAGACGGAGACUCCAGCCCAGAGGGAACUGACGACUAUGCUGGGACUCAAGAGAGAUUUAACUGUCCCCAUCUCCUUUCCCGCCUGUUCCAAAGUGCCUUAUAGUCAUAAACUGUUGCUGGGUGGUUGCAGCAAUGCACACCUUUUAUCCCCGUGCUCAGGAGACAGAGACAGGCAGCUCUCAGAGUUCGAGGCCAGUCUUGUCUAUAGAGUACAGGAUAGCCAGGGCUACACAGAGAAGUCGUAUCUAAAAAAAAAAAAAAUCAAAACAACAAAAGAGGUCUUCAGCUGUGAAUUCUUGUUUCCCAGUGAGCUAAUAAAUCCCUGACUUGGGGUCCUGGGUGUUACCCACGCCUGAAGGUCUGCUGUCAGAAGUCAGUACCUCCAUUUUUUCAGUGACAUCUUGGCCACUUGUGGAUUCUACUGAUUUGGUCCCCUCAGUCAACUGAAGCUAGCCUUUCCCUAGUUUAGCACUAAAAGAUUAAAGUAGGGUGUUACAGGGAGCUGAGUUUCUCUCCAGCACCCCUUUGCCACACUGGACUGUAGAAGCCUCGAGGCUUGAGUCAUACCUACCUGCUCUAUUGCAGAGGUGUUUAUUGGUAUCUGCAUAAGUACAGCUCUGGGCUCCCCGAAGGACAGAAGCCCCUGCCCCACUUGGCUUUCAUUAUCAUAAUAAACCAUUGAAAUAAUGGUGUGACAGGUACACUGAGUAAAGCAGGAGGGACUUGGUGACAUUUUACUCUCCAGUUUGAGAAGCGCCUGCCACAGGCUUGAGGCCUGCUCAACACAACUGACAACCAGCCUGGCCUUGCGUGGUUCAGGAGAUCCUGAGACUACCCCAUCCCUGUUCCAUAUUUACCAAUUUCUGACAUCAGCUCCCCUUCCCCUAGAAGGUAAAGAGGAAUCAGCCAGCUUCCCUGCAGUCUAUGAUGGGGAGGACAUGAAAUGUGUGAUAGAAGGUCCAUGACUGGCACAGGUGCCCCUCCUACCUGUAGGUUGGAAGUGAUGGCUGCCAGGCCCUCUCCCUGCCAGGCAGCUAAUAAGGGUAGGUUGUUCUCUCUGCCUAGAAUUGAUCCAGUGCUGCUGAAAGCCAGCAGCAGCAGCCCUAAAACUGGGCAGUGAAAAUCCCUAGUGGGAGUUGACACAUCCAUAUCACCAUAUAUAACAAUAACAAGCUGACUAGCAAGGUGUGGUUAAAGCACCUGUCUCAGGCCAAAUGGGGGAUUAAAAAUGAUGGCAGUUGGCUGGUCUCAACCCUUUUCCUCUCACUGACCCCCAUAAAUACUGAUUGGCCGACUCCCUUUGUCCCAUUCACAAAGCAGGGAGUUAUGAGAUGCAGGCUGUGAGCUUAACCUGUGUGAUUCCCAAGUGCCUUGGGCGAGCUGCCAGGAAGGUAAUAGAAAUACAAAAUUUUACCCGACCCUUAUCAGUUACCCUAGCAAGAUCCCUAGGCAAUUAAGUACUUUUGCUCUUAAAUGUGUAGAAACCUGGAGGCCAGCAGUCAAGAGCCAGGUAACUCCUCGAUGGCUACUUUUGCAUCUUGUUGCUCUCCCAGGUCCAUACUGCAAGAUUAAAGUGUUUUAAAAGGACUGCUUC